GCUGAGCCAGUUUUCUCAUUCUCUCUCAUUUCCCUCCUCUCUUUCUUCUGUACUCUAUCCCUCCCUCUCUUUCUUACCCUCCCUCUCUCAUCCUCUCCAGAGACCCUGGGCCACACACACCUCUGCCUGCAGCCUGAAACAGAUAGAGAGAGAAUAAGAUUUUUCACAGUGUUUGUCACUGCUGUGAAACCAUGUUCCCUCUUCGGUCUGUCCUCUUGGCUGGCCUUGUCAGUCUGUGUAUCUGUCAGUACUAUGACUAUGACUACGAGCCUGCUGCACAGUCUAUGCCUUCCUCACCUAAUUGUGCUUUGGAGUGUGACUGCCCCAUCAACUUCCCCAGUGCCAUGUACUGCGACAGUCGCAACUUGAAGAACAUCCCAUUUGUACCAACAGGAAUCCAAUACCUCUACCUGCAGAACAACCUUAUCGAGGAGAUCAAGGCAGGUGUUUUUGACAAUGUCACUGACUUGCGCUGGUUGAUCCUCGACAACAAUAACAUCACCACCGAUAAGAUCCAGUCAGGGACCAUUGACAAGUUGGGCAAACUGGAGAAGCUCCACGUCAACUACAACAAGCUGACCAAGCCUCCGGCCAUCAGCACCAAGUCCCUGGAUGAAGUCAAAUUCAUCGGCAAUCAGAUAACUACAGUGCCAUCAGGUUUACUGUCUGGCAAUGAGAACCUCACGACCAUCCACCUGGCCAAGAACAAACUGACCACAGAAGGCGUUGCUGGGGCCUUCAAAGGACUGAAGUCGUUGAUGCUGCUGGAUUUAAGUGAGAACAAACUAAAAAAACUCCCAGCAGGCGUCCCCGCUUCUCUUCUGAUGCUGUAUGUUGACAACAACGACAUUGAAAACAUCCCAGGUGGCUAUCUGGCCAAACUGCCUGCACUGCAAUACCUGCGUCUGUCUCACAACAAGCUGGCAGACUCGGGUAUUCCGGCAGGUGUGUUCAAUGUUACGUCUCUCCUGGAGCUGGACCUGUCCUUCAACAAGCUCCAGUCUAUCCCUGAGGUCAAUGAAGCAUUGGAGCACCUGUACCUGCAAGUCAAUCAAAUUAGCAAAUUUGAUCUGCCCAACAUCUGCAAGAUUAUCUCACCUGUAAACUACUCCAGACUGAAGUCUCUGCGCCUGGAUGGAAACAAUCUCACCCACAAUAGCAUGCCUGAAGAGGCAUCCAGCUGUCUCCGUCAGGCCUCUGAGAUCAUUUUUGACUAGUUUUCAACUCCCUGUCUACUUCGACCAGCUCCUUUAAAAGAGCUAUUCAACAUUCAUCAGAUUAACACUUCAAAUAUAGUUAUUGAGGGCAAACUUCCCUCACAGAUAGUGACAGAACACCAUAGUCAUUUUGUCAGUAUAGCCCCCAAAUAACCAAAUAAUUCACGGUUAUUUGUGUAAGGAGAUCUGUACGUUGGAAAAUUUGUAAUAGCACCAAAGUACACUGAGAUCUAUAUAAUAAAAGCUGAAAUAUUCAUUCUUGGCACAUUCCAGUAUACGGUAUGAGGCACACAUGUAUUAAGAAUGUUAUGUAUGUCUAGUGCUUCAAUACAAAACCAUGCUUGAACACCUUUCCUUUCUGAUCCUAACAUUCACUUCAAACAUUCCUGUAUCUUAUAUUUAUAUGGAUCAAAUCGAAGCACAGAUCCUCAUUUGCUCGUAUGCUUUUGUAUAGAUUGUCUAAAUGCUGGCACCGACACUCUAUAUUCACUGUACACGUGAUAAUAUUGCGCCUUCAGGAAUUAGCUUUAGAAAUGUCGUUUUUUUUAAUCGUCUCUGAUGAGCUAUAUCUGUAUACUAGAGCUCCUUUCUGUUUGGAAUUUUAUAUCAGUUUAGCUAUCGGCUAUAUUAUUCUGUGUUUCACAUAGCUAGAAAAAGAGGAACGCGAAGCAUUGCUAAAGAGGAGUCUUGCAUUACUCGAAUAUUUAGAUAUUAUCUUCUUCUCAGAGUGUGGUCGUUAGUUAAAUCUACUAAAGGUGUAACUUGCAAGUAUUAUAGAUUUAAACUGUGAAGAACUGUUAUGUAUUGUAAUGAAGCUAACGUUUGAAUUACCCAAGUAACAGCUAGCUUACUGCUCCAUAAAACUGCAAGAUUUUAUGCAAUACUCGAAUUUACUUGCAUGCAAUUCAUCAUACACUCUCUAUAAAGCACUCUCUUCCUUCCUUAUCUAUAGGAACAAUAUAAAAAAAUACAUUCUGCAUUCAACCAACCGUACACAUAUUUGCUCACGUUGCGUUGUGACAAUAU